UGCAAUAUAAUUGCAAUAUAAUUGUAAUAUUAUUGCAAUAUUAUUGCAACUAAUAUUAGGUAAUCGAUUUUAUGAUUGUAACUGAAGUUACAAGCAUGCUUUCAUUGGACUUUAUACUGCAGUGUAAGUGCGGCCAGGCAGGUUUCUUCGGCGCACGUUAGACAUGGCUUGCAUGAGCCCAGCAAACCUGUCUGGCCACACAAGAUACCCGUGCAAAAAUAACAUAGUUAUUUAUAAGUAAAGACUCAUAAAAUUUUAUUAAUGGUGAAUAUAUGUGCAAUGAAACGAAAUUUUUUUAAUAGAAAGUACGAGAGAAGAACUUUACAUUUUACGGCUGAGUCUACUUCUUCUGAAGAGGAAAUUACUAAUAGUAGUUCUCAGUCCGACUGUAGCAAUACAGAUGAUAAUGUUAAUGAUGGUAGUUUUACCCAAGAGACAGAAGAAAUUGUAUCUAUAGUAUCUGAGGAAGAAAAUCAAAUUCUAGUAUCUGAGGAAGAAUCGAGUGCUUCCAUCUUUCAGUUCUUUAGUUCUAAUCCAUUUGAAUGUUCUUUAUUGGACUCAAUUGUUAACAAAAAGUUUAUGUUUUUAACCUUGUUGUAUUUAAUGAUUAGCAAUUCAUUUACUGAAAUCGCAUUUGAUAGAUUUUUGAAGACUUUGCUGAUUUUUCGCUGUAUAAAUGACAUGCCGUCAUCUCAUAAAAUGAUUCGUAGAUUUGUUACUAAAAAUAUAUUCUCCCAUACUGAACCAACGCAUAAAUAUUAUUGCCAUAAUUGCUGCACAGCUUUAGUUGACACGUGUAAAAUAAAUACUCAUUGUUCAUCCCAUAUCUUUAUAUUGGAUAUCAUUAGCCAAAUGAAACUUGUUUUAUUUCUGAAUUUGGAUGCAAUUAAAUCAUAUCAAUUGGAAAUUAUGUCAGGUAAAAGAAAGAGUGAUUUUAUUUCUAGACCAAAUUUUGUUGAAAAUAUGAAGUCUGCAAAUGUUUUACAUAUUCAUUUAUUGAUGUCAACAGAUGGUGGAGAACCAUACACAAAAAAAAAGAUUACAAUGUGGCCAUUUCAUGCUAUUAUUUUAGAUUUACCAUCUUAUAAACGAUUCCUAUUUGAAAAUACACUACUUCUUGGUUUAUGGUUCUCAUUAUUAAAACCUAAUUGGAAUGCUUAUUUAAAAGUAAUUAAAUUAUUGAUUGUUAUUUUUUAUUUUAAAAGUAGUUGUCAAUGGAAUUACGAGUACAUCAAUGGAAAACUGUUUGAAACACCCCUUGAAAUUAACAAUAUCCAAGUAUUUAUUCAUAUUGUUGGUUUUGUUUUCGAUUUGCCUGCAGUGGCUUCAAUCAUCAAUCAUAAGCAGUAUAAUGGUGAAUUUGGAUGUCACUAUUGCGAACAUCCUGAUAGAACAAUUGAAAGAAAACAUGGUUCCGCUAGAAUUUAUUCACAUUCAGAUACAAAUUAUAAUCUUAAAACAUCUGAAAUGUAUGCCAUAUAUGCUAGAUUAGCCGAAAAAUCAAAAGUAUCUGUAUUUGGAAUUAAAGACUCAAACAUCUUUAGUGACAUUUCAUUUAUUAAAGUGCCAGAUAUGAUACUUAAUGAUGUGUUACAUUUGUUUUACGAAAAUUGCUCAAAAAAGCUUUUAGUUUGUUUAUUUUCUGUUACCAAUAAACACGAAUCAUUUUUUAUUGGUAGUGCAAAAUUAAAUGCUAUGGAAAUCUUACUUGCUGAUUAAAAAAUGCCACAUAACAUGCCCAAGCCAUUAACUAUUAAAUCAUUCACACAUUGGAAAGGCCAUGACUUUAAAAACUUUAUUUUAUACUUAGCAGUUCCAUAUUUUUUACCAUAUUUGAAUCCUGACUGCAUGAUGAUGAUUUAUUCUCUAGUAAUUGGUAUGCGUUUGUGUAGCAGUGAAAUAUGUUUAGAUAAGGUGUUGCUUAUUAGUCAGCUGUUUAACUUUUAUCAAAAAUCAUUGUCUGAGUUGCUUCCUUUAUAUAUGAAUACUAUAAAUGUUCAUUUGCUUGGUCAUGUUAGCGAUAUUAUUAAAAUGCAUGGAAGUGUUACAAAUUACUCAAUGUUUUGUUUUGAAGCUCGGCUAAGUAAUUAUAAAAAAAUGAUGAAGGGAACACAUGGUCAUCCACAACAGAUUGUACAAAAAUUUCUUGACUUCAAAACAGCUUCUUGUUUUUUGCAAACAACAGAUCAUCCUAAAAAAGUUGAAGUUUGUAAAGCAUUAAAUAUUGGCAUUAUUGAACAAGAAGAAUUGCAGUUGUUAAAUCCGGGCAGAUUGUUGAAACAUGGUACUGUUUACCAUUCAAAAGGUUAUGGCAAACAUAACAGCUACACUUGUCAAUUUGGACAUAAUAAGUUUGGUAUCAUAUUAGAUUUUCCUUUAGUUGACAAUGUAAUACAUGUUCAGUUACAACUAUUGAAUGUGAAGUGUAAGUUAGUUUCUACUUUUGGUGAUAUGAUUGGAAUUUUGGAAAUUAACUUUGAUGAUGACUUUUUUUUUAUUGUUGAACAAACAAAAAACAUUGUUGUUAUUUCAGCUGACACUUUAGUCUGCAAGUGUAUAUUAAUUAAAAGUAAAUUAGAUACAAAAGAUGUAUUAAUUUUGACACCAUUGAAAGAACUUUUCCAAUAUGCUUAG